AUGGCUCACCUGAAAUCAAUCGCGACCGUCUCAAACAGCACCGCGACUGCUUUAAACACCGCCAAGCUGCAUUCGCCGCUCUUUGUCCAACUCACCAACGACCUCCUCUGGACUCAGGCACACACCGUCAAAGAACCGUCAGGCAACCACAAGGCGGUCGUCAACAAGCGGCAAGAACUCCGGCGUAGAAGAAAGGAGCUCAGGCGUCGCCGCAAGGUUUUUGACGAAAACAACAACAUCUAUACACCCAAGAAGUACAAGCCCAAGAUGCUUCCCAGCGACAACGAAAAUGCCGAAGGGUUUCGGGACGAUCUCAAUAUGGUUGUGAUGUGUCCCGACUGCAAGGAGUACCCGCCCAACCUAGUCGAGGAGUUCUCUUCCGGAGACAUGGUCUGCGGCUCCUGCGGACUUGUUGUCGGCGAGCGCAUCAUCGACACCCGAUCCGAGUGGCGUACCUUCGCCAAUGACGACCAGGGCAACGACGAUCCGUCCCGUGUCGGUGAUGCAGUCAACCCUCUGCUCAACGGCUCCCAGCUCGAGACCACCAUCGCCUUUGGUGACGGCAGAGAUUCCAAGCAGCUCGCUCGUCUGCAGAACAAGUCCCAGAACGACAAGGCUAGCAAGUCUCUCAUGCAGGCAUACAAGGAAAUUGGCGCCUUCUGCGACAGUAUCAACCUGGGCAAGAACGUCUCUGACGCCGCCAAGCACAUCUUCAAGCUCACCUACGACCACAACUUCAUGAAAGGCAAGCCACAAGAAGCUGUCAUCGCAGGCUGCAUCUUCAUCGCUUGCCGUCAAACCGGAGUCGGUCGUACCUUCCGUGAGAUCUUCCAGGUCACACACGUAUCCAAGAAGGAGAUUGGAAGGGUGUUCAAGCAGCUCGAGUCGUUCCUCCAGAAGAUCAAGGAGGAGAACCCCCGCGGUGCUGGCUCCCUGUCGAACUUGGAUGGUUACAAGGCUAGUGCCUCCACCAGCGCCGAGGACCUCUGCACGCGUUUCUGCUCCAACCUCAACUUCCGCAACGCCCAAAAGAUUGAGAACGUCUCUCGGGCGCUUGCACGUAAGACUUCAAGCGUUUCUGAGCUUGCUGGGCGUUCCCCGCUGUCUGUCGCGGCCGCGUGUAUCUACAUGGCGGCUCACCUGAUGGCGGAGCCCAAGACUUCAAAGGCCAUCGCUGGCGUGGCCGGCGUCAGCGACGGAACCAUCAAGACUGCCUACAGGUUUCUUUACAAUGCUAAAGGUAAACUCGUUGAGAAGGAAUGGGGCUAUGAUAAGAAGGCUUUCGACACCCUUCCCUCCAACUAG